AUGUUGCACUGGAAAAGUGACGGAUGUAUGUGUGCGCGCGCGCAGCGUCAGUCGGCACACCGCCCGGGCGGGCGCCACACGACCGGGAUCUGCGCUAGCGAAAGGCGACGCGAUCAAUAUAAUUUCAGUGAAAUAUACCGCGGAUACGCCAACGAACGCUUUGAAAACGCGAGCGCACGAUUCUGUGAAUCAAAUACGAGUAAAGUGAACGAGUCUCGAGUGCAGAGCACGACGACAGACGGCGCACAACGAGAGAGCGAUUAG